GCUAUUGCCAUUUUACUACUUCCAUGACUUUAGUUUAUAAUAUCUCCACUAGGUCGAAUUGAAUUACUUUAUUGGACUCUUGUAUCUUCCAUCUCUUGUUUAAGAAUACUCCUGGCUUCUCUUCUAUUUUGCAUCUAGGAAGCGGCAAUAUGAUACUUCGACCAACCGUAGCCAGGUCUGCUACUAGCUACCCGAGGAUCCGAGUUUUCGGAACACCGCGUUAUUUCUCAAUACAGACUUCGCGACGACAAGAAAUUCGAGAUGCAUAUAUCCUAAGUGCAUCUAGGACACCUACUGCGAAGUUCAAUGGCUCAUUUCUCACGGUAUCCGCCCCGCAGCUGGGCGCCGUCGCUAUUAAGUCAGCUUUAGAAAAGUCCAAAGUACCAGUUGAAAAAGUGACAGAUGUCUAUAUGGGAAAUGUCCUGCAAGGAUCAAUUGGCCAGGCCCCUGCCAGACAAGCCGCCAUAUUUGCUGGUCUUCCCAAGACCGUUGAGGCGAUUACCAUCAACAAAGUUUGUGCCUCUGGGCUUAAGGCUGUGGUUUUUGCAGCUCAAAAUAUUCAACUUGGUCUAAGUGAGGUACAAAUCGCUGGCGGCAUGGAAAAUAUGUCACAAGUUCCGUAUUAUGUUCCCCGCAAAAGCGGGCUACCUGCAUUCGGACACGUCACGAUGGAAGAUGGCCUUCUCAAGGAUGGAUUGACGGACGUAUACGAUAAAUUUCACAUGGGAAUCUGCGCUGAAACAACUGCUAAAAAUCACGGCAUCUCCCGGGAGGCACAGGAUAAAUAUGCUCUCCAAUCUUAUGAGCGAGCACAAAGUGCGUGGGAUAACAAGGCUUUCGCAGAUGAAAUUGCCCCCGUAACUAUAAAAUUAUGGAAGGGCGAAACUAUAAUCGAUACCGACGAGGGUUAUUUAGACGUCAAGCCAGAAAGAGUUCCCUUUCUAAAACCCGCCUUUCUUCGCGAUGGGACGGGUACCGUCACUGCGGCAAAUUCAUCUACGCUUAACGACGGUGCUAGUGCGCUAGUACUAGGAAGCAAAGACAUCGCGAGGGAAUUUGGCGGCAGCUCAAGAGUCCUAGCGAGAAUAUGUAGCUCCGCCGAUGCGGCAGUUGAUCCCGUGGAUUUCCCAGUGGCUCCAGCUAAAGCUGUGCCUAUAGCCUUGGAGCGUGCAGGUAUUACAAAAGACCAAGUUGCAGUUUGGGAGUUUAAUGAGGCGUUUGCUGCCGUUAUCAAAGCAAAUGAGAAGAUUCUUGGUCUUGAUGGUGCUAAUAUUAAUCCAUUGGGUGGCGCCAUCUCUCUGGGUCAUGCACUAGGCAGCUCGGGAUCCCGGAUUCUCACAACGCUGCUACAUCAACUCAAGCCUGGAGAGUAUGGUGUUGCUGCUAUUUGCAACGGUGGUGGAGCAGCUACUGCUAUUGUAGUUCAACGCAUCGACUCUGUGUAAUUAUCGAGUAGCACGGGAUGCUUAGAAAGGAACCAUGAUACCAAUCUAGAAUAUAAUUCUAGUCUACCUAUGCGUUAACCAUCACAUCCAGCGCCUACGCGAGUUGUAGAGAAUAUCACAUGCAUAAUAGUACAGUGUAACUUGUUCGUGCAAGAUGAUGUCAUAUCCAUAUUAGAUAUGUACAUAGGUAGUAGGUACCUUCUAUAAUGGAGCAGGGAUAUAGAUUAGAUUAGCCCUACAGGUUCCCCUAGAAGUUUGAUUGGCUAUAAGAUUGCUAAGUGUCUCCA